UCUCUCUCUCUCUCUCUCUCUCCACUCAUCCAUUUCUCUCUCUCUCUCUUCUCUCAGUUCUGUCUUCUGACUGACUUUCUCUACUCUCUCCUGAUUUCUCUUUCCAUCAAAUAACUUCAGUCCACGUGUCGGGCCACAUUUAUCACCCUUCCCCAGCUUCCCCACGAGACUUCUCAGCACUACUGUAUUCAUCUCAUUUCCAGUCCACUCGCAUGCACACUCAUCUCAUCUUUUCUCUCUCUCUGUCUGUCACUGCAGCGUUUUCUCCAUUCUCUCAGACACUUCAUGCCCAUUGGACCAUAACAGAGAACGAGACCCUUCUCUGUGAACCCCUCUCUCUCUCUCUCUCUCUCUGCAGCUUUUAUCUUAAUAGGAUUACCCAUUGGAGGAGAACAGGCGAACAGCGAAGUAGUGAAUGCCAUACUGGUAUCUAUCUCUUUACGCGCACACACACGCACAGUUUCUACUUUCAUAAAAGCAACAAACAGAUCUCCACCAAUAGACAGUACUACAGCAGUCCCGUAGUAGUAAAGAAAGGAAAAAGGAAUCAGCACGACGACUCGCGAGAAGGGAAGCCCAUAAAAGAUAUAGGGUGAGGGAGAGAGAGAGAGAAGGAUGGAAAAUGGAGGGAACGGAUUCAGUAGCAAUGGCGGUGGUGGUGGUGGUGGUGGCGGAGGUAGAGGGCAGAAUGGUAAUAACGUGAACCACUCGUGGGAUUUUUGGGAGCUGGGGACGUCUAGGUUCGACUGGAGCAACUCUUUCAACGAAGACGCUGUAACUACUGCAACGACGACGACAACUACAGCUGCGGCAGCGCAUGCUAUCAUGUUUCCUCACCAGGGGGACAAUGCGCACCACCACCAAUACCCGUCCCUGUACGCAGCGGCGGGCUCCCACAUCCACCCCGAUCCUCACCUCACCUGCUUGAAGCUGGGAAAGCGACAUUACUUCGAAGACGGCACCCCGUUCGGGGAGAGAAACGUCGCCGCCGGCUUCCCCAUUGAGAAGAGGGGCAGAUCAUAUGGUGUCGGUGUCGGUGUCGGUGUAGGUGUCGGUGUCGGCGUUGGCGGUCCCUCGUCCUCGGCAGCCGCGGCGGCCACGAUGGGGGCAGCUGGGAUGGGAUCGACAGUGGCGGUGCCGAGGUGUCAGGUGGAAGGUUGCCAUGUAGCGCUCGUGAAUGCCAAGGAUUAUCACCGGAGACACAAGGUGUGUGAGAUGCACUCCAAGGCUCCCAAGGUGGUGGUGCUCGGGAUCGAGCAGCGCUUUUGUCAGCAGUGCAGCAGGUUUCAUGUAGUAUCAGAGUUCGACGACUCAAAGAGGAGCUGCAGGAGGAGAUUAGCAGGUCAUAAUGAGCGGAGAAGGAAGAGCUCUAACGAUCCUAUUUCGAGGAACCAAUCUCAAGAGCAAAAAUCAAUGGGUGGAAGAUUCUCAUGCAUAUCAUCGUCGACAGGGCGUGCUCUCUCUCUUCUGUCAUCCAAAUCUUCCUCCUGGGUUUCUCCAUCUGACCUCUCCUCUCGGUCCAGUGCUGCACUUCGGGAACUGAUUGCAGAGAAUCGGGCAGCCAUUCUGGCCAGGCAGCUCAUCUUUGAUCGAACCUGGCAUCACCAUGCCGCGAUGGAUGAGUUGGGUGGCACCCAACAACCAGGACUGGUGUCUCAAAUGUCUCACCAAACCCAAGCAUUCCCCGAGUCAACCGAGUGGGACAGAUUCCAGGACACUGGUGCACACGUGACACUAGACCUCAUGCAGGCACCAAGCUCACCUUUCGGGUUCCUAUCAGGAAGAACAAAAUCAAAAGAAGAGGAAGACGAGUGCUGUGACAUCUGGAAGUCUUUGGAAGGAACCCAUGUAGUCUGAAGUCUGAACUGAACUGAAGUUUCUUGAACUCAUUCCUCCAAGCAUCCUUGUCUGUUGUAUUUCCUGAAUAAUUUGCAUUUUCUGAAGUUGGGAUCUGAUCUGUUACUACAACUGACAAUACAGUCAUGGUGCAGUGCAAAUACAGUACGUGCAUAAGGCAGGUGCCAUGACAUUGCAUGCGGUGGGGAUUGUAAAUGCUCGAUCACUGCAUGAACAAAGGGAUGUGGGAGCUGGGAUUGCAACCUAAAUAAGUUGGUCGUUAUGGCAUGUUGGCAUCCCAUUAGUUUUCCUUUCUGUACGUACUUACCUUUCUCUGAUGUAUAAGUUGAUGUGGGGGUGUUGCAUGGAAGCACGAAGAGAAACCAGUAUGUAUAUGAUGGAGCAAUUGAUUCGAUGGAUCCAGUGAGCUACUCAGUAUUUAGUCUAUUACGGGUUACUUGAGUGGUUGAAUCAUGAGUGGUUUUUUGAUUCUAUUAUAUUGAUUUCUUUAUGUAUUAUCA